UUUCCUCUAUCUUUAUUGGAAACAACCGAGAUUUUUAUUUUUAAUGAUGGUGGACCCCACAAACCUAACGGACGAGACAAAUUCAAAUGACCUUCCCUUGCAGUUCCCAACGGUCAAAUCUUUUAAAUUCCAAAAUCCUCAUCUAGAAAACGUUGUUAGUCGUUUUUGUUGUCUUGUCAACUGCUCUCUUUCUCUAACAUUUUUCUGCAAAAAUUUCCAUCUUACUCCUAAAAUUUUCUGUUUUAAUGGAAACCCAAAGUGUUACACUAUGUACUCCUUCAAAACAAGCCAUCGUUUCUAAGGUCCGGGUGGUUGUUAGAGUUCGUCCUUUUCUUCCUCAAGAAAUUGCUGCAAGAAAUGGCAAUUCAAAGUCCUGCAUUUUUCUUCUUGAUCAACAAGAAAAUGACAAUUAUGAUGAAGUUUCUGUUCAUCUCAAAGAUCCUAACACCAGCCGAAAUGAAUGUUACAGAUUGGACUCUUUCUUUGACCAAGAAGAUGAUAAUGUCAGAAGGAUAUUCUACAGAGAAGUCAAUUCUUUGAUUCCAGGAAUCUUUCAUGGCUUCAAUGCCACUGUGUUUGCUUAUGGGGCUACUGGUAGUGGAAAAACUUAUACCAUGCAGGGAACAGAAGAGCUGCCAGGUCUAAUGCCUUUGGCCAUGACCACAAUUUUGUCUAUAUGCCAAAGCACAGGAUGCAUUGCGGAGGUUUCAUACUAUGAGGUCUACAUGGAUAGGUGUUAUGAUCUUUUAGAAGUCAAAACAAAGGAAAUUUCGAUUUUGGAUGACAAAGAUGGGCAGAUUCAUCUAAGGGGCCUAUCUCGGAUACCUAUUAAUUCCAUGUCUGAAUUUCAUGAAGUAUUCUCUUGUGGAAUUCAAAGAAGGAAAGUUGCACAUACUGGUCUCAAUGAUGUUUCUAGUAGAAGUCAUGGUGUCCUUGUGAUUUCUGUUUCCACUCCUCCUGGUGAUGGUUCUGGGCCUUUUUUGAUGGGCAAGCUGAACCUCAUAGACUUAGCAGGUAAUGAGGAUAAUAGGAGGACCUGCAAUGAAGGCAUCCGUCUCCAAGAAAGCGCUAAGAUCAACCAGUCCUUAUUUGCUUUGUCAAAUGUAAUUUAUGCAUUGAACAACAACAAACCACGAGUACCCUAUCGAGAAAGCAAAUUAACUCGAAUAUUGCAGGACUCUCUUGGAGGAACUAGCCGUGCCUUGAUGGUUGCUUGCCUGAAUCCUGGAGAGUACCAAGAAUCUGUUCACACUGUUAGCUUGGCUGCUAGGUCUCGUCAUAUUUCAAAUGCUAUUUCUUCAGCUCGAAAACUUGAGACUCCAAAGGAUAAAGUUGAUAUGGAAGCAAAACUGAAAGCCUGGCUUGAAUCAAAAGGCAAGACAAAGAGUGCACAAAGAAUGGGACCAUUUGCUUCUCGAUUCCUCAGCAAAGCAAGCUCUGCGAAGAAGCUUAAUUAUAACAGCUCUUGUAAAGUCAAAACUUCUGCCAAAGAUUGUACUUCUAAUGCCAAACACAGUGGUUUAUCUGUGACUUCCAGAAAUUUAUUCAACAAAGAAGGUGUUGUUAAUUCUUAUUUGGAGAGUUUCCAUGUUUCUGUUGAGGGCAAUGAAGGGGAAACUGGAGCUGAUUUUGAGGAGAUUAUGUUGGAAUCAACUAUGAACUUAGCUGAAGAACCAUCUAGCAAGGAAGAGGAUACAACAGUCAAAAACUCGGUUGAUACCAUUGAAUUGUCCCCAGUUAAUGAGAGGAAAACUGCAAUGCAAAGCCCUCUAAGAAAGGUCCUAUCCCCCAUUCAUUCCAAUAUAAUUCCAGAACCCCUCAAGGAACGAUCAUCCAAGGAUCAAUUUUCGUUAUUAUAUGAGCCACACACUCCCCAAACGCCUUCCAUCACCAGUGCAACCAACAAAUUCCAAAAUGUUGGCACCCCACUUGACAAAUUUAACGUAUGGAGCUCUAACUUGAAGAGCUCUCUUAUUCAAGAAUAUAUUGAGUUCUUAAAUACUGCUAGCAGAGAAGAGUUACUGGGCCUAAAGGGGAUUGGAUCGAAGAUGACCGAGUACAUAAUUGAACUCAGAGAAACCAGCCCUUUAAGAUCGCUAAGUGACUUGGAAAAGAUUGGCCUUUCAUCAAAGCAGGUUUACAACUUGUUCAGCAAAGCUGCUAAAGGAAUAUUUGAUAGACCAGAAAUUGCAACACCAAGAACCAGUUGUUCAUAACAAAGGAUUGCAUUUUAAUCUUCUCUAUUGCAACGGUCUGAGAUUAAUCUAAUAGACUUUAAUGUUGUUUAAAUUAAGACAAAAUGAGGCCAAUCUUUAACAUUCUUCAAAUCAUUAUUUCUUGCUUUGUCACUUCAGAUUGUAUUAGUAGCAUUCUUGAAAUCAUUUUCAUGCAGUACAUUUACUAUUGUACUUCAAGUUAAGUUUAGAACAGUAAAAUGUUCUUAUUGCAACAUACUUUCAAUCCCAUUUCUGUCCAGACUCUAGAGACCCAAAAUUUACCAAUCAUUUAUUUACAUGAUAGUUUCCCAGUAUUGCACUUUACAAUACGUAUUCCCAUGUGCAUAGCUAUAGCAUCAUCCCGUGUUAAACAAUGUU